AUGACAGUGUUGUAUUUCGCCAAAAGUGCUGAGUUGACGGGACACAAAUCAGAGACGAUCAGGGUCCCUUCAGAACUGAUGACCCUUGAGCUGUGGGGGAACCUUGCCAACAGACACCCCAGACUGUUUGCCGUGCACCAUUCAUUUGUUUUGGCUGUGCGUCAGGAGUAUGUGGCCCUUGGGGACUAGCGCAUGAGCCUGAGGGACGGUGGCGAGGUUGCUUUCAUUCCACCUCUAAGUGGGGGAUAA